AUGCCCCGAGCGUCGUUUUCGCCAUCGCCAUGGAGAUGGUUUUGGAUCUGGGUGCUGCUGGCCCAAAGAUCUGGCGGCGCGCCCAACAUGGAUGAGCUGGCCAAAGAUGUGCUGCCAGAUAAGAACGAAGAUGCCUGGACCACCUCCAGUCGCUUCAAGCUGGAUUUGGUGGAGAUGUUCGGCAACAACUCGGAGGAGGUGAUUCUGGAGGUGGGUGCCCACCUGGGCCACUGCACCCGCGUCCUCUCACGCCUCUUUCAGACCGUGCUGGCACUGGAGCACUCGCCCCACGUGCUGAAGCAGAAUGCCCUGCGCAACGCCGACCUGAAAAACGUGGUCUACCUGCAAUUUCACAGCGUCCUGGAUGAUUGGAACCUUUUUGGCCACAACAAAAUCCACGUGGUCUUUAUUGAUGCAGCCCACGACUAUGCCAGCGUCAAGAGCGAUUUGGACCGGGCCCUGGCCUUGCCUUACGUGCACAGCAUCGUCCUGGACGACUACGGCACCCGCGUGGGCGUCCACCGGGCCGUGGACGAGGCGCUGCAGCGCGGCCAGGCCACGCUGCGGCGCUACGUGGGACGGGCGCCGCCCUGGAGCUACGAUGGGAUCACGAAGAUCGGGGACUGGGAAGGCGUGGUGUUAGAGCCCACCUCCUUCAUGGCUGCGCGGCGAGAGGCUGGCAAGGCCCAACGCUUAGAGGAUGCGCUGCUGGAGACGUCUUGGGUGGUGUUUCCUGCAGGGGUGUUCUCAUCAGGGUACUUCGUGCCACACGGCCACAUUGACUUGAGCAGACCUCACCUGGGAACCAGUUCCUAUGGCCCCUUAGAGUGGAGACAGGCCAUCGAUGGCGAGCUGGGCGGUUUGGAGGAGCGCACGCUGAUUCUGCAGUUCACCGAAGCGCCCAGGCAACGGAUCCAGGCGCAGGUGAACAACGAGAGGACUGGAAUGGCAUUGCUUCGGAACGACGGGGUGGUCUUGGUGGCAGUGCGGAAGGAUAUGAUGAGAGUCAUAGGAGACAAACUGCUGAGUUUCCCGCACUAG